AUGAGUUGCCAAGCAUUUACUUCAGCCGACACCUUCGUCCCCUUGAAUUCUGACUCUUCUCCCGCUCUGCCUCUGAUAAUGCAUCAUAGCGCUGCAGAAUGCUUGCCCGUCUCCAACCAUGCUACCAAUGUCGUAUCUACAGUCCCGUCUGUUUUGUCUUUGGUCCAUACUCCUAAAUGUUCCUACGUGCACUUCUCCAUGGCGACUUUGGGAAAUGCAUCUACAGGUCUUCAUUAUUCAGUCCCUUCCUGUCAUUAUGGAAACCAACAGUCUACCUAUGGGGUGAUGGCAGGUGGCCUGACCCCUUGCCUUUAUAAAUUCCCUGAACAUGCGCUGAGUGCCAGUUCCUGUGCUCUGGGGCAUGGCUUCACUCCCAUGCACCAGUCUAUCCUUGGAGAUGAUCCCGCAGCCACUGACUUCAAGCAGGAAUUCCGCAGAAAAACCAAGUCUGUUGAAGAGCCAAUAGACAUGGAUUCCCCUGAAAUCAGGGAACUGGAAAAGUUUGCCAAUGAGUUCAAACUGAGGAGAAUUAAGCUAGGCUAUACACAAACAAACGUUGGAGAAGCCCUGGCAGCUGUGCAUGGCUCUGAAUUCAGUCAAACAACUAUUUGCCGAUUUGAAAAUUUGCAGCUAAGCUUCAAGAAUGCCUGCAAACUGAAAUUGAUAUUAUCCAAGUGGCUGGAAGAAGCAGAACAAAUAGGAGCUUUAUACAAUGAAAAAGUUGGCGUGAAUGAGCGGAAAAGAAAGCGCAGAACCACCAUAAGCAUUGCUGCUAAAGAAGCUCUAGAGAGAAACUUUGGGGAACAAAGUAAGCCUUCUUCUCAAGAGAUUAUGAGGAUGGCUGAGGGGCUUAACCUUGAGAAGGAAGUUGUGAGAGUUUGGUUUUGCAACCGAAGACAAAGGGAAAAGAGAGUGAAGACAAGUUUACACCAGAACACCUUUAGUUCCAUUAUGAAGGAGCAUCACGAGUGCCGGUAA